UCAAAUCCUAUACUUAUGCCUCCUCUACCGACUCUUCAAAUAUAUGCAUCUUCUAUUAAUCCAACCCAUUCAACCCAACAUUUAACCAUUAUUGAUCCAUUCUCACAUACUUCAACCCAUCAUUCAACUAUUAUUGAUCCGACUCCACAUACUUCAACUCAACAUUCAACUAUUAUUGAUCCAACCUCACAUACUUCAACACGAUUCUCAACUCUUAUGGAUCCAUUCUCACAUACUUCAACCUAUCAUUCAACUAUUAUUGAUCCGACCCCACAUACUUCAACUCAAUAUUCAACUAUUACUCCACAUACUUCAACCCAACAUUCAACCAUC